UCAUAGUUCAAAGUAUUCGUUUGAACGCAAACGCUUGUACGCUACGAUUUAUCAGUCGUUCAUACGCCAUCGGCAAAUUCGCGCGCGAACAUGAGCAAUAUGGCGCGAAAACUUUUCUUACGCGAAAUUAAAAACCUAAAAUGGCAAAGGAAACUAUCGACUAGUGUUGUGCUUAGGAAAGACGAUUUUAUAAUAAAAUCGUCUAUUCCUGAUAUUGUGAUACCACAAAAUAUGAGACUUAUAGACCGAGUGUGGUCAGAAUCGGCGGGUUACAAGAAUCUUGUUGCACUUGAAAGUGCUGAAACCAAGAAGACCUAUACGUACACUCAACUGGAGAAGAACACAGCAACAUUUGCGACCUCUUUACUCAAGAAGUUCGGUCUCAAAUCGGGGGAUGUCGUGGCUGUUAUGCUGCCCAAUUGUCCAGAAUUCCCAGUUGUUGCCUUAGGAUGUUUGCAAGCUGGAUGUGUUCUAACGACUGUCAACCCUAUUUAUAAAGAAUUUGAAAUCGCCCAUCAAGCAUCAAUCACGGAGCCUAAAAUCAUCGUCACCAUACCAGAAUGUUACGACAAUGUACUAAAAGGACUAAAGAGCGCCAAAAUUCAAGCAAAAAUAGUUCUAGUUGCCGAUCCAAGCAAAACGCUACCAAGUGACGUUUCUCGGUACUCUGAAGUAGCAGAAUCCGGGGAAGUGGAUUUCGCUCUUCUAGACAAAGUGGAGAAGAAAGGAGAUGACGUUGCUUGUAUACCUUUCUCCAGUGGAACAACUGGGUUACCUAAAGGAGUGGAGAUAUCUUACGACAAUCUCAUGGCUGCCAUGAGUGUUAUGCAUCAACCAGAGAAUUGUUUUCCAGAACUUGCUCAUGCUAAUUUCCAAGACAUUUUGCCGAUUUUCCUACCGUUCUUCCACAUCUAUGGUUUCGUGGUCGGUCUCAUUGGGCAUUUGACGAAGGGCUGCAAACUCGUCACCAUGGCCAAGUUCUCCGCCAGCCUCUAUUUGGACAUCUUGAAGAAUCAAAGAUCUACACUACUUUACAUCGUACCACCAGUCGCGAUCCUCCUUGGCAAGCAUCCAGAUGUGAACGAGAAACAUUACAGUGACGUCAGACACAUCAUCUGUGGUGCAGCCCCGUUAUCCGCUUCCGAUGUUCAAGCUAUUCUGCAAAAGAGUAAACGUGACAUUGAGUUCAACCAAGGAUUCGGUAUGACGGAAACUACAUCAUUGGGUACUUCAACGUUUAAGAAGACGAAAAAUGUCGACUUCAACGCUUGUGGAGUACCCAUGGCUAAUAUGCAGCUGAAGUUUGCUGACCCUAUCACCGGUGAGGCAGUGCCUGUGGGACAAUCGGGAGAAAUGUUAAUUCGCGGGCCUACCAUCAUGAAACAGUACCACAAGAAUCCUAAAGCGACGCAGGAGAGCAUGACUGAAGAUGGUUUCUUCAAAACUGGAGAUUUGGGAUACUUCCAGCCUGGCGUCGGGUUAUUUAUUACUGACAGAAUAAAGGAGUUGAUAAAAGUUAAGGGAAUGCAGGUUGCCCCCGCUGAGUUAGAAAGCAUACUCCGAAGCCACCCUGCUGUCCAAGACGCGGCUGUCAUAGGAGUCCCCCACGAGUUCUACGGCGAAGCUCCCAAAGCCUUCAUCAUCCGCAAAAACGGCUUGAAAAUCUCAGAAGAGGAACUCCAAGACUUCGUAGCAAGCAAAGUAGCUGUCUACAAAAAGAUUGAAGAAGUCAUGUUUGUUGAGGAUAUCCCAAAAACCGCAUCUGGUAAAAUCUUGAGGAAAGAAUUGAAAAAGAUGUACGCGUAGUAGCUUAGGUGUAUCUAACUGUUCUUAAUUAACUGUUUCUGCCUGUACUGUGAGAUCUUGAAGCAACUCGUGGACAAGUCUUUCGUAGAAGCAUUAACGCUGAUUAAAUAGCUCAAA